AAAGAAUUUUCAAAGCGAACGGUUGCAUUUGCCAGUGUUUCGCGGUAGUUGUAGUAUUUUUGGAGAAGAAAAAAAUAAACUAAAGAAUUGCAUAAAAGUGAAUAAAAUAAAAAAGAUUGUUAUUGUUGCACAAAGUAAAGAUAAAUAAAAAAAAACAAAUUCAAAUUCAAAAUAACAAAUACAAUAACAAACAAUUGUUUUGUUUAUAAUUAGAGAAAAUACCAAAUAAAAUUUUGAAAAAGAAAGUGUUUUGCAAUUUGCUACGCAGAAGAAAAACAAAAUACCCACAAAUAUGUCAGAUGCAAAUAAUGAAACAGCGGCGGUAACGCAGCAACAACAAUCUCCCCCACACAAUGGUAAAGAACGUUCCAAAUCCACAGAGGAGAAGGAGAUACCACGUGAACCAGCACUGGUGUGCAAAGACAUUAAUAUUAAGACUGAAUUGGAAUGCCUGGUUAAAUUGUUAGAUGGUAAAAUAUAUAAAGAGGAAGAAGUAUCCAUCGAAGAAAUGCAUCAGUAUUUAAUCGAAGACGAAGGCUCCUGGGCAUUGGGCGAUAACUUUUUGGUGUUUGUACAAAGAGUUUUACGAGAACAAUCGUUUUCUCCCGAUACCCGGAUACACUUAAUACGUACAUUGGCUUUUGCCGCCCUUAAAGACGAUGUCAUUAUUAUCUUGCAUCAAGAUCGUCGCGAUCACACUUUAAUGAAUUAUGGUUUCGAUAUUGAAAAGCAAACGCCAGAGGAACAACAAGCCUGGGCCAUGUUUAUGUGCAAUCUUUUUGAAAAUGUCAGUCCCUCGGAAUGGCUUUUAUAUAUUUCCGAAUGGGAUUAUAAUGGCCAGACCUUGUCGAAUAUACGUGUCACUACCAGAGUUGCUGUCCAUUGUAUUCUGUCCAGUUGUCCGGUAUUGAAAAAUAUUGGUUCCAUGAUUUUGUAUAAUGUUGCCAUUAAAGAAGUCAAGACUGUGGUCUUUGAUGAUGUUGCUGUUGAACUGACAAUGGCCAUUUUACAAUUCUUCCAAAGCAACCCCAAUGAAGAUCAAAUUUUCCGUUGUUGCAAGGCAUUGGCUAGAUUUUUGGAGGUCUCACCCGAUGUUGCUGCCAUUAUACAGAUGAUUGGACCACAUCCAAAACAAUUUGCCGGUAAAAGUGAACGUAUUGAUGAUUUAAUUAAUAUUAUUAGUCGUAAAGUACCCGCUUAAUAAGAAAUAUGUUAACAACAAAACCAGCAAGAAAUCUCAAUUAAAAUGUUAAAUUUUUUAAUAUUUAAUAAAUAUAAUUUUUAUAAGUUUUAUGAUUUAUCACAAACAUUAUGCACAACUAAUUUUUUAUAUACAUACAUAUAUAUAUAUAAAAAAUACAUUAUAAUAAAUUUUAACAAGAAAAUAAAUAUUAUUAAAAAAUUAUAAAAACAA